AGUACCUGAUGAAAUAAAAGAAAAUAAAUUUUCAGAUUUGGAGUUAUAUCAAAUGAUGUUGUUUGGUGUAAUAUCUUCUAUAGCAGAUAAUUUUUCUGAUUUAUCAAAAAAUAAAAUUCCAAAAAUACCUGUUGAUGAGGAAUUUGAAGAUACUCCAAAAACACCUAUUAUUAAAGAAGAACCAGAUGUUGAAGAAAUAGAAGUUGAAUUUCCAGAAUUAAAUAUUGUUGAAGAGAUGAUAAGAAUAUUAAAGAGUAUGGAAGAUGAAAUGAAUAUUAAUAACCUUGAAGAUGGAAAUAAUUGGGAUCAAGUGAUACAAUAUUUUGAUUGGAGUAUAUUACCAAAUAAUUAUCAACAGAUGACACAAUUAUAUCUAUCAGGAACAGAUUUACUAUCUGGUAUUCCAGAUGCGAUUGCUGGA